UUUUAAUUGCCAAGUUUGGAAAUUUACUUUAAAAAAAGGAUUAAACGAAAAUCAACAUGGAUGUCUACAUAUCUUGGUUAAUGGCUGGUUGGCUUUUAAUCUUGAGUUUGCAAACAUUUUGUGUGGCGGAAUCUUCCUCCAGAUUCUUGACCUUACCCCAAAGUCAAACUAUAGCUGAGGGAGAUUUUGUGGAUUUCAAUUGUCAUGCCACGCCCACUAGGGGUUUGAUAUACUCAUGGACUUUGAAUGGCCACUUACUCACCAACACUUCCCGUAUCUAUCAAAAUGGCUCCGAUUUACAUAUAGAUUCGGUUAGUCGGGACAGUGAUGCUGGCGAUUAUGUUUGUAUUGCCACAAAUGUGGCAAGUGGAGCACGUCAGGCCUCACCUCCAGCACGUUUAAGCAUCAUAUGGAUACAAACUGCUUCUGUACAGCUCCUAAGCAAUCGUGCCCACGAAGUCACACUAAAAUGUCAUGUUGAGGCCUCCUCGGGCGAUGGUCUGCUCGAAAUUGAAUGGUUUCGCAAUAGCGAAAAACUUAGCACUCUAAAGAACAUUGAACUACAAGAAAAUCGUCUCAUUCUACACAAUCCCAGUAGUUUAGAUGCUGGCCUAUAUCGCUGUAUUGCCGCAAAUGCUGCCGGUAGAGUCAUCAGUCGCAAGGGUUACAUACUCAAAUGGUCAGCCACAAAAUCCGAACAUUACGAAUCGUCACGCAAUUGUAUACCGCGUCUCAAGAAAAACUACAUUAUGCCGGAAAGUAUGAAAAAUAUGUUUUUGUGUCGCGGCAAACGGGGUGGAGAUGAUAAUAAACUGCCUGAGGCUGAUGUUCAAAUUAAACAAGGCCCCCUGAAAAGAGUUGUGGUUAAGGAGAAUGAUGCAGCUGAAUUAACCUGUGCCUAUACAAAUUCACAAAAACAACCAGCAGAUGUUAUAUUGAAAUGGCGUAAGGAUGGCAAAAUCUUUCGUCAAAUUGAUGUGGCCGAACAGACAAAUGCUCAACGUUUGGUGGAGUCCAACAAGGAUCCCAUGUUACGUGAAGAUGCUCGAGUAUCGAUAGCCAAAGAAAAUGGUUCGCUAAUAUUUACCAGUGUGAUUGCCAGUGAUGCUGGACAAUAUGUGUGUCAAAUCGUUGUGGAAGGCUAUCGUCCCUCUACUUCGGAGCCGGGUGAAUUGCAAGUCAUUGAACAAUUGAAAUUCAUGCCACAACCUACUUCGAAGAAUCUCGAAUUGGGUUCGGUGGGCAAAGUACAUUGCAAGGCACAGGGAACACCAGCACCACAAGUUAAAUGGCUUAAGGAUUUCAAAGAUGACUUACCAGAUUCUCUAGAGGACAUUAAUGGUACUUUAACAUUUAAAAAUGUUUCGGCCGAACAACGUGGCAACUACACUUGUGUGGCCUCAAAUGGCCAGGGACAAAUUAAUGCCACCGUUAGCAUAAACGUAGUGGUGGCACCACGUUUCCUGGUGGCACCCGAAGGACCCAUAGAAAGUGUUGAGUCCGGAGUGGCCAUUAUGCAUUGCCAGGCGACGGGAGAUCCUAAGCCCACCAUACAAUGGGACAAGGAUUUGGAGUAUCUGAGUGAGAAUAAUACAGAUCGUGAGAGAUUUAGAUUCCUGGAGAAUGGCACUUUGGAAAUACACAAUGUUCAAAUGGAAGAUGAGGGUAGUUAUGGUUGUACUAUAGGCAAUAGUGCGGGCCUUAAAAGAAAUGAAGUGAGAUUUAUAGUGAAACCUGCCGAUGGCUAUCCUUUGGGAGAAGGAGAACAGGAAGGCUUCCUUAUCACUAGAGCGGUUCUGAUAACCAUGUCUGUGGCCUUUGCUUAUAUCAUUUUGGUAGUGGGUCUUAUGAUUUGGUGCCGCUACAGACGCCAGGCUCGCAAAGCCCGCUUGAAUGAAGCAAAUCCCGAGGCUGGUGAAGCUGAUAAGUUGGCUGAAAAUGAACCCUGCCUAUCGGAGAAUAAAUCGGUUAAAACACGCAAAACGAAUGGCAAUAUCAAUUCCAAAGGCACCUCAGGGCAUGAUGCCCAAAAAUCUGAUGAUACGGCUUGCAGUAAUCAUUCGAAAGCCUCCAAAAAAUCAAAUGCCUACGAUCAAUUAAGUUUUCCCCGUUCGGGCAUAAGUGAACUGCUGCAAGUGGGACGCGGCGAAUUCGGCGAUGUAUUUGUGGGUAAAAUUAAGGCAUCGCUCAUCAAACAGACCGAUGACAAAGACACCGAUACCGAGAAGAAUAGCAACAGUGAUAAUGGCAAUGGUUCGGCGGCCACCACCUCCACUACCGUGGAAAAGAGAAGAUCUAAAACCUCCAUGGAUGACAUAGAGGAAAUCAAAGAGGAACAUGAAACCUGCAGCAGUGAGGGAGAUGGUCAAGGCAAUGCCAACGCUGAUGAAUAUAAAUUGGUUAUGGUUAAGGCUUUAAAUAAGGUCAAGGAUGAUAAUAUUUGUUUAGAGUUUCGCCGGCAAAUCGAAAUGUUCCGCACUUUAACGCACAAGGGUGUGGUGAGGUUGUACGGUUUGUGUCGGGAAAAGGAUCCUCAUUAUAUGGUUAUGGAAUACACUGAUUGGGGAGAUCUGAAACAAUUUUUAUUGGCCACUGCCGGCAAGGUUAAUACAUCCACAAAUUCCUCCUCACCACCUCCAUUGCAGACAGGACAGGUUUUGGCUGUAGCUUAUCAAAUAGCUAGAGGCAUGGAUGCCAUUUAUAGGGCAAGAUUUAUUCACAAAGACUUGGCCACCCGCAAUUGCAUUAUUUCCAGUGAUUUCAUUGUUAAGGUCUCAUAUCCCGCUCUAAGCAAAGACAAAUACAAUCGUGAAUACUUUAAACAUCGCAACACCCUACUGCCCGUAAGAUGGUUGGCUCCCGAAUGCAUACUAGAGGAUGAAUAUACUACCAAGAGUGAUAUUUAUGCAUUUGGUGUUGUGGUAUGGGAACUCUUUACACAGGCCACAAAAUUGCCCUUCGAAGAGCUGAGCAACGAAGAGGUGAUACAACGAAGUCAGACGGGUAAAUUGGAGUGGCAGUGUGCUGAGAAUACACCCGAUAGUCUUAAGGAAAUAUUGACCACUUGCUGGAAUGUCAAUCCCAAGGAACGACCCUCAUUUAGUCAAUUGGGUUCGGCUUUAAGCAAAGCCAUACAAAGUCUGGAUAAAUAAAAUGAGUGAGAUUUAGUAAUUUAUUUCGAAUAAUUUGCAUUUAUUAUAAAUUUAGUGAAAAAAACAAAACGAAAAAGAGAAUAAAAG